GUAGCACGUACUCCUACUACAACCAGGCCAGAGUAACGGGCGCUCGAGAUCGCCGUGCCGUUUCCUAUAAACCCCACAGCUCACCGCCGUCGAUCGCACAGAGCGGCAACAAAGCGAAGACCCGGUCGAUGGGCGCGAUGAGCGGCGCCAUGGAGUGGCACGCGUGGCUGUCGGCGGCGAGGCUGGAGCCUGCGCUGGUGCACGAGUACGCGCUCGUGCUGGCGCGCAACGAGCUGGAGGCCGGCGACGCCGCAUACUUCGACCACGACUUCCUCCGCAGCAUGGGCAUCGACGUCGCCAAGCACCGCCUCGAGAUCCUCAAGCUCGCGCGCCCCGGCCCCGGUGAGCGCGGCCGCCGUCCGUCCUCCUCCGCCGCGCCGCUCUCGGGUCUCGUGUCCGCCGCCGGCCGCGUCGCCAGGUACGUGCGCGCGCUCGUCCGCCUCCGCGGGGUAGGCUCGUCGUCCAGGGCGCUCGUGCUGGUCCCGAGCCAGCAGCAGCCCGACAGCCACGUCGACGUGGGCCGCUCGAGCUUCGGGCACUGCAAGGCGCCCAAGCGGACCAGGUCCAUGCCCAAGGUGCCCGCCACCGGAGCCACGGCGAGGGCCACGCGCCCCGGCGGCGGCAGCAGGGGCGCCGCGACGGUGCAUGCCAUGAGGGACGCCGAGAGCGGCGGCGGAGGCGACGGGACGGUCCAGUGGGAGUGCCUGUUCCAGGAGCUCAACCCCAACUGAUCCAUGCCGGGAAUGGCCAAACGUUUGUUCAUCCAUGGUGCGCUCGCCGCCAGGACGUUGCCGUAAACAUCCUCUGAAUAAAUGCGGUGGCAGAUCUGUGUAAGCAUGCCCUGUAAUGUAAGCAUGGCGAGCUCUGCUUGCGCGCUCUGUGAUUCUUAUGGCAACUUUCAGUUCUUCCU